AUGCAGCUAGUCGAGGAGAACCGUAUACCAGAAUUUGACAAUUUCUCGCAUCCACGGGAUGAUGAGGCGACAUUUCGAAUUUCCGAAGAAGACAUAUUCCUUGGAAUUUUUGCAUAUAUCGAACAUCUUUUCUCAAAAAUCAGGCCGAAGAAAGUCUUUUUCUUGGCUAUUGAUGGUGUGGCUCCAAGAGCUAAAAUGAAUCAGCAGCGAUCUCGCCGCUUCCGAACGGCACAAGAGGCCAAAGAAAACGUAGAAAAGGCCCUUCGCCGUGGCGAAGAACUUCCGGACUCACCACCCUUUGACUCGAAUUGUAUCACGCCGGGUACUUUGUUUAUGCGAAAACUUUCACUGCAACUAGAAUAUUUUAUUGCCAAAAAAGUAUCCGAAGACUCGAACUGGCGUGACGUUCAAGUAAUUCUUUCUGGACACGAAACAUGUGGUGAAGGUGAACAUAAAAUUAUGGAAUUCAUUCGAACUCUCAAGGCGCAACCGGAGUAUGAUCCUAACACCCGUCACUGUUUGUAUGGUUUGGAUGCAGAUCUGAUCAUGCUCGGGUUGCUGAGCCACGACCCUCAUUUUGCGCUGCUACGAGAAGAGGUUAUUUUUGGACCACGCCGAGCGAAGAAAAGCGAUACGCUUGAGUCCCAAACAUUUUAUUUACUUCACAUUUCUUUGUUGCGUGAAUAUCUAGAGCUUGAAUUCGAUGGCCUUCGUAAGAGAUUGCCUUUUGAGUUUGACCUGGAAAAAAUUAUUGACGAUUAUAUAUUGCUGCACUUGUUUGUCGGCAACGAUUUCUUGCCUCAUUUACCGGGACUGCACAUCAAUGAAGGUGCUAUCGAAAUGUUGUUCCAAAUCUAUCAGAAGAUUUUACCGCAUGCCGGAGGCUACCUGAAUGAACAAGGUACACUUAGGCCAGAACGUCUACAGCUGGUUAUUAACGAACUCUGUCAAUUUGAGCGAGAAAAUUUUAUCCGUGACCAUAUGCCAAACCUCCGGCGCCCUGUCGAGAAAAAGUAUCACAGCAAACAGAUGCUACCAGGCCAAAUGGUUGUUCACCGUCAUAAUCAGUUGGAGAUCGAACGCAUGUAUAAAUUUAUGAUCCAGUACCUUGAGGACCCCAAGAACGCUAAACCCGAAAUAUUUUUCACCAGGUAUCAGCUUAUGACGAUGGAAUGGAUAAUUCAUGGAAUGGCCAAAGCUUUGGGUUUGGACCUCAUUGAGGAUGAUUACGAUCCAGAGACUGAUAUUGUUGGUACAUGGGUGAUUGUCCCUACAAACGUCCAGAAAGCUGUCAAGAAUGGUGAUGAUUUGGAGAAGAUUCCUUUUCUGCAAAAGACCGAAGAGGAUGUGCGUCGUAUCAUGCAUCCCUUUCUUGCAGCGCGUGUAUAUUGCAUGGAUUAUGAACAAAUGCCAUCGUUGCUUGAACUGGAGAAAGAGGAACGUGAAUGGAGCAUCUAUAACCAGGCCGUCGAUGAGAAAUUGUCCCAAUUUAAAAGGGUUUAUUAUCAGCAAAAGAUGGAUCUCAAGUCAGACAAGGAGUCUAUCCAUGAGCUUGUUUACAAUUAUGUUGAAGGUAUGCAAUGGGUUUUGCAUUACUAUUAUGAAGGGAAUGCUUCUUGGGGCUGGUUCUAUCGCUAUCAUUAUGCCCCACGCAUCUCCGAUUUCACGGAAAUUUCAGACUUCAAAUUUCACUUUGAAAUGGGGAAGCCCUUCUUGCCGUUUGAGCAGCUUAUGGGUGUUCUUCCCCCCCUGAGCAAACAACUCCUCCCAGCUGCUUUCCAAGAUCUGAUGACAGAUCCCUCGUCGCCUAUUAUCGAUUUUUACCCGGAGAAGUAUGAAAGCGAUAUGAAUGGGAAAAAGAAUAGUUGGGAAGCUGUUGUUAAGAUUCCGUUUAUUGACGAAAAGAAGCUGUUGGAGGCGCUUCAUCGGCGUGAAAAUAUGUUGACGAAUGAAGAGCGUGAGCGAAACCGACAUGCACCUCCUAAAAUUUUUUCCUAUGAGGUGAAUUUCAGUCACAAGUUUCCCUCUAGUAUGCCUGGGUUCCUCCCUGAAUUGCCAGACAAUCGUACUCGGGUUCAAGUAUACUCACUGCCAUCCAUGGUUGGCAAGUCAUUUAUUAAGACGCUUCCCGAAGGCGUUAACCUCGGUUUGGAUGCAAUGCCAGGUUUCCCAAGUCUCAAAACUCUGUCUUUUGAGCAUAGGCUUGUAAAAAUGGGUGUCAAUGUUCAUGGUCAUUCCUCGAAUGAUUCAUCCAUGCUUUUAUCCUUGUCUGACACCCAAGCCGUGCAGGAUGCCAAAGAUGUUGCGGACUUGAUCGGCACGACGACCUACAUUCAUUGGCCCUAUCUUUUCGAAGGAAUUAUUGUUGCCGUCAGUGAUAUACAUGACGUGAUUCGGGCACAUUGGUUAGACAAUGAUGUCAAGAUUCGGCGUUCUGAGGGCCCAGAAACAGGCGAAGGAUUCAGAAAGCUCUGUGCGAAUUUCAGUCAUCAAUACAACAAGAGGUAUGGUGUGAAUGUUGGCUAUGUAAGUAUUUUACUGCAUGUUCGACCCCUGAAAGGUUUAUCUCGUGGUAAUGACGGCUCUAUUGUGAAGCAGUACGAAUCUGACCAUUCGGCGGAGGUAGCGUAUCCUUUGCGUAUGGCUGUCAAGUCGCUGCGUCAUCCUGAUGGUCGCUUUUUGGAAAGACCUGCUAUGUCUGUUAGCGAAGAAUACAAAGAUGGGGAUAAGGUUUUUUUCCUCGGCUCCCGUGGUUUCGGGUGCCCAGCUCGUGUCAUUGGGACCGCUUCCGAUACCAUUACUAUCGAGUUGGCCUUCAUUUCAGACUUGGCACAGGAGCAUACUAUUUUGCAAAAGCUUGUUCAGCAGCGUGCCCAAGAUCCUUAUUUCUCUGCUUCGGAUGUUGCAAAACGCCUCCGAAUGUCCUCAUUGGUGCUGAGCAAGAUCACCAGCAGUGUGAUGAUGCUUUUCAACAAGCAAAAGAUUAACAUUGGUCUUAAUCUUAAAUUUGAAGCCAAAAGCCGCAAGGUACUUGGUUACACGAGACGGUCACACACUGGUUGGGAGUACAGUGAACGUGCCGUUCGACUUGUCGCCGAGUACCAAGCCAUGUUUCCCGAAAUUGUCCGAGCGUUAUCCCGACGUUUGUCAGAUGGUGAAUUCAAUACGGCUCAAGAGAUAUUCGGGGACAAGGCAGAGACACGUAUCAAAGAAUGGAGGUCUUGGUACAAAGCUCAUGAAAUUAAAGAUCUGGAAGUCGUGCCGUUGCACGUUGAGCGGCUCCAAAAACCCAUCAUUUCAACUUUGGAGUCUGCAGUGACCCUCAUUGCUCAACGACGAGUUGAGCAUGGUGCAGUGAAGCGACAGAUUCUUCGGGGACUCCCUCGGGAGGCUUUGUUAAAGCCAGAGCAAGCCCGUUUCCGCGUCCCCGAACAGGAGUUCCACCUUGGUGACCGUGUGAUCAACGUGCUAGACUUUGGAUUUGUGCCGCUGGCCGCGAAGGGUACAGUGGUCGGUAUUGGAGCGAAUAACGUGGAUGUGGUCUUUGACGCACCAUUCCUAGCAGGCACAUCUUUGGAUGGGGCUUGCUCUUCCUACCGCGGAGCUACUGUGGGUAGAGCCCACGUGCUUAAUCUCACGACGCCACAGAUUGCCGCUGAAUGGGGUGAGACACAGACAUCUGAAUCGCAUCUUACGCCUCUUCAACGCACCCUCAAAGCGCAACGCCAAAACAAACAGACUAAGGUCCAGCACUCUAUGUUUUAUCAGCCCGCGCCACAGAAGAAGCAUGCCGACAAUCCUAAGCGAGGGCUUGGCUCAGGUCGGCCCCGAGCUUCCGUGGAUACGGCAGCCUCACACCUACAGGCACUAUCUCUUUCCAAGCCGGCACAGCCAAAUGCAUGGAAAAGGCAACAACAGGGUCCUACAGCAAAGGUAACACCACAAGGAAAGCCUCUUGGUCACAAUAAAGGUACCAAAAAUGGCAAGUCACAUCAAAGGAAGGACCGCGCUAAAGAGGAGGAAUCUAGGAAGCCCUCCGUUGCCCCCAAUACGAAGGCAUAA